AUGCUGCAGACUAUACAAAAUCAGAGUGAAUUUGAUGACUUUUUGAAGGCCGCAGGCUCCAAACUCGUUGUUGUUGACUUUUCAGCAAAAUGGUGCGGACCUUGCAAAGCGAUCAGUCCUGUCAUUCAUGACCUGGCUGUUCGGUAUGACAAUGUGAUGUUCUGUAGUGUGGAUAUCGAUCGGGCAGAGGACGUGGCUAAUUCUUGUAAAAUUAUAGCCAUGCCGACAUUCCAGAUGUACAAGAAAACGGAAAAGAUUUGGGAAAUUACUGGUACUGACACUGGGAAGUUGGAAGCAAAGAUUGAAGAACUAAUGUAGUUCCUGCAGAAAACAAAAACAGAAGUUCCAGUAAAAUCCACCUUUUGCAGUCUCGCAUGUGUCUAUUUUCCUUCAACACAGUUAUUCAGAAAUGAUGCAUCAAAAUGUAUAAAGAUUCUCACCUGUACAGGAAGGAGAAUCUUGUGGUUA